ACCAACACCAUGGCUAAAUCUGUCAACGUCGCUAUCAUUGGAUCCGGAGUCGUCGGCUCGGCCUUCAUCAACCAGUUGAAAAACCUCAAGUCCCCCAUCGACUUCAAGGUCGUCUACCUCGCGAGAUCGUCCAAAGAAGCAGUCUUUUCCAAAGACUACUCCCCCGUCGAUUUAUCCACCUACAAAUCUGCCACCUCCAACCCUGUGUUGCCCUUGGCUGAGUUGGCCGAUUACUUGUCCGCCGCCGCCAGACCCACCAUCUUGAUUGACAACACCUCCAACGAGUCCAUUGCCAACUUCUACCCUACAUUUAUCAAGAGUGGAAUCUCAAUUGCAACUCCCAACAAAAAGGCAUUUUCCUCUGAUAUUACCACUUGGAAUGACAUUUUCUCGAGCUCCGCCCAGCCACACGGCGGGUUGGUGUACCACGAAGCCACAGUGGGUGCUGGUUUGCCAAUCAUCGGACCUUUGACUGAUUUGGUGUUAACUGGUGACAAGGUCGACAAGAUUGAAGGGAUUUUCUCCGGAACCUUGUCGUACAUCUUCAACGAGUUUUCCACCACUGAUGCCUCCAACAACACCAAGUUCUCUGAUGUGGUUAAAGUGGCCAAGUCGUUGGGGUAUACCGAACCAGACCCCAGAGACGAUUUGAACGGAUUGGACGUGGCCAGAAAAGUCACCAUCUUAGCCAGAAUCUCUGGGUUGAAGGUCGAGUCACCCACGUCUUUCCCAGUCGAAUCUUUGAUCCCCAAGCCAUUGGAGUCCAUCCAAAGUGCCGAGGAAUUCUUGCAAAAGUUGCCUGAUUUCGACGCCGAUAUCCAAAAACUCAAGGAUGAUGCGUUUGCUGACAACAAGGUGUUGAGAUUUGUCGGAUCUGUUGACAUCAAAACCAACCAGGUGAAGGUAGGAAUCGGUAAGUACGGAUUUGACCAUCCAUUUGCUUCUUUGAAGGGAAGUGAUAACGUAGUUUCCAUCAAAACUGAAAGAUAUCCAAAUCCUUUGGUGAUCCAGGGUGCUGGUGCUGGUGCUGAGGUUACUGCCCACGGUGUGUUGGCCGACGCGAUCAAGGUAGCCCAGAGAAUUGCCAAUUAGUGUUUUUAUGAUCGGUCUACUUUUGUAACUUAAUAUAAAUUGACUUGUUUC